AUGAUAUUUAACCCUUUUGACGCAUUAGGUAUUAGCGUAUCGACUAUUCAUACAGUUGACAAAAACCAGAUACGCUCCGCCUACCGUGCAGCAGUGUUUUUGCGUCACCCAGAUCAUUGUUCUCUUGAGACACAAAGCCGAUUUCCCCAGGUCCGUCAUAUCGUCGAUGCAAAGGAUUAUCUUGAAAAAUGCCUAGCUAGAGGAUGCCUGGGGGCUGCCAUUGGAGAAUUUUACCAUUGGCCUCAGACAUUCGACUCUAGCAAGAAAGAAAAUCCUUUUUUAACGCCAAGUAUUAGUUCGGAAUUUGUCAGCUGCAAAGAGUGCUCUAUGGUUAUAAAACAGUACUCUCUAGGGUCCCAUGUUGGGGAGCAUGAACAAAUGCUCUGUCAAUAUUGCCAAAAGCCGAUUGCUUUGGAAGCUCGCCUGCAUCACCUUGAGGUGGCUCAUCAACACCAAGAAUGUGCAAUAUGUCAGGAAACCAUGCCAAUCUCCAUAAUAGGACAGCACCGAGAUUACCAUAAAUGCCCAUUCUGCCCAACUCUGGUGGCAAAAUGCAGCCUAAUCGCCCACAUCGAAACAGACCAUUCUGGGAAGCGAUGUCCUGAGUGUCCUGAAUGUCCUGAAGGCUCAAACUUGGCGAGCCACAGGAGGCUUUUUCGACAUCUUAAAGAAGCGAAAGAACAUGAACGGUUACGAUGCCUGUUUUGCCAUACCUAUCAAUUUCUUAGUGGCAUGAAAGAACAUCUCCAGUAUCAGCAUGAACUUCAAUGUUGGGACUGCUGCGAUCCGGCGUCUCAAAGUUUUGCCGAUCACGCAAGUAACUUUCAUGGGCAACGAGUAUGCCCUGUUUGCCAGAAGUCGAUGGCUAGCAGCAAGGUUGACGGCCAUCUGAUAAUGGAGCACAAGCUCUGUGCAUGUGACGGGUGCGGUCCUCAAAUUAAAUUUGACCAUAUCAUGCGCCAGCAUGUUUGGAAGGAAUGCCCGCAGUGCGGAUGCAUCAUUGAAGAGUGGGCUUAUCGUCGUCACCUACUCAAUUACCAUUCAUGGGAGGAAUGCCCUUAUUGCGGCUAUCUCGCACACAGCGACGCUGCUCUUGCUGACCAUGAGAAAGAGCAUGAGCUGAGAUCUUGCGACGAAUGUUUAUCGAUGGUCACAGAAGAUGCAUAUGAUGACCAUUUACGUGACAAACAUGGCAUGAAGGAUUGUUUGUUUUGCACAACUUACCCUCUUCCCCUUGAGUUGCUUAAAGAACACAUCAUGGAAUAUCAUUGCAAAAUGAUAAGAUGUUCAGAGUGCAAUGAAUUCCAAACAACAGCAGAUAUGCCAUCUCACCUCCAAGCCAGUCAUGGUUGGCAGAAAUGCUGCUUCUGUGACGAUGUGAUUGCUGGACCACAAGUCCGAAUCCACGUAGACGAACAUCACAAACCAGUCACAUGUUUUGAGUGUGGUGAAGAGGUAGCCCAGGCAGAUUUCAAUCUUCACCUUGUCAACAGACACGAUUACAAUGUUCAGCCGCCAGCAAAUAAUGGAACGCAGAUUGACGGGCAAGCUGCAAAGAGCACUUUGGCGAACUUGAGCCAAAGGACCACCGAUUCUGAAGAUAGACAAGAACGGCCCAUUCUGCAGGAUGCCCAAUGCUCAAAUGCUAAGAACAAGGGGGGGGAAUGCAAACUAUGCAACAAACACUUCGGAAACCUAUACGAGCAUCAGAGGAGAAAGCACAGGACACUAAGAAGAGAAAGUAAGCAGUUCACAGGAGCCAGAGUACUAUGCGUUGAUGGGGUUAAACAGCAUUCAAAGAAAAAUAUAAAUAGGUGCAGAAAAUGCCAGGGAGCAAAAUUAACAAAGUAG